GUGUAUUUGGUCUUUGAUGUAAAAAGGUCUAUAAAUACCACCUUAUAGAGAACUCUAACAUGCAUCAUAAACCAAGCAACUUACAAUAAACUUGGAGAAAGAAAAGCAUACACAAAGAGUUUUGUACUUUGAGAGAUUAUGGAGAACUUUCCAAUUAUCAACUUAGAAAAAAUCAAUGGUGAGGAGAGAAAAGCUACUAUGGAGAAAAUCAAAGAUGCUUGUGAAAACUGGGGAUUCUUCGAGCUGGUGAAUCAUGGUAUACCUCAUGACUUAAUGGACACUGUUGAGAGGUUGACAAAAGAACACUACAGAAUAUGCAUGGAACAAAGAUUCAAGGAAUUGGUGGCCAACAAAGGACUAGAAGCUGUUCAAACUGAGGUCAAAGAUAUGGACUGGGAGAGUACCUUCCACUUGCGUCACCUACCUGAGUCAAACAUUUCAGAGGUCCCUGAUCUCAGUGAUGAAUACAGGAAAGCAAUGAAGGAAUUUGCUUUGAAGCUAGAGAAACUAGCAGAGGAGUUGUUAGACUUAUUAUGUGAGAAUCUUGGACUAGAAAAGGGGUACCUCAAAAAAGCCUUAUAUGGAUCAAAGGGACCAACUUUUGGCACCAAGGUUGCAAACUACCCUCCAUGCCCAAAACCAGACCUUGUUAAAGGUCUCCGUGCACACACCGAUGCCGGUGGAAUCAUCCUCCUUUUCCAAGAUGACAAAGUCAGUGGCCUUCAGCUUCUCAAAGAUGGUAAAUGGGUAGAUGUUCCUCCCAUGCAUCAUUCCAUUGUCAUCAACCUUGGUGACCAACUUGAGGUAAUAACAAAUGGCAAGUACAAAAGUGUAGAACACCGUGUGAUAGCACAAAGUGAUGGAACAAGAAUGUCCAUAGCUUCAUUCUACAACCCUGGUAGUGAUGCUGUUAUUUAUCCAGCACCAACAUUGAUUGAAGAGAAUAAUGAAGUUUACCCAAAAUUUGUUUUUGAAGAUUACAUGAAUCUUUAUGCUGGAUUAAAGUUUCAAGCCAAAGAACCAAGAUUUGAAGCAUUUAAGGAAUCAUCAAAUGUUAAUCUUGGUCCAAUUGCAACAGUUUAAUUAUGUGUUACUAUAAAUAAAUAUCCAAUUGCAACAGUUUAAUUGUUGUUACUAUAAAUAAAUAAAUAUAAAAAUAUGUUAACAUGUUUGUUUAAGUGGAAGCAAGCAUAGUUAAAAAAGCUUAAAGUCAAGUGCAUAAGUUUCUCAAAUUAGUAUGUAGUUGUUUACUUACUAUAUAGUGAGUGAUGUGAUGUGAUGUGAUUUCUUGUAUUAUUGUGAAAUAGAGGAAAAAGUAAUAUAAAUGUUCAAUAUAAUAAUAAAUUAUAUUAUUAUUCAAGUAUAAGAAAUAAAUAUUUAUGGGUCA